CACCAAAAAAUUAGCAGCGACCCCAAAAAACCAGAGAUUUUUUCGCACCAAAAAAUUUGAGGAAAAAUACGAGGGCGAAACCCUAGCGAGGGGCGAAUUCCGCCGCGCAUUGCCUCCCCCCGCGCGCGUCGCGUGCCGGAGCUGGGUCGUGGGGUCGCCGGCGGCCGCGGCGGCGCGGGCGAGGCGUCCUUGGUAGUGCUCCUCGGUCGCUGGUUGCGCUUGAGCAGGCGGACGCGAUCAGGAAGGGGGGUGCCGCAGCCUAGGCCGCCGGAGACGGCGGCAACGGGGAGGAGGAGGAAAUGGCGCUGUUCCGGAGGCUGUUCUACCGGAAGCCGCCGGAUCGGCUCCUCGAGAUCGCAGACCGCGUCUACGUAUUCGAUUGUUGCUUCUCGACAGAAACCAUGGAUCAAUUCAAAUACAAGAAUUAUCUGGACAGCAUUGUGUUGCAGCUCCGUGAGCAGUUUGCAGAUUCUUCAUUGAUGGUAUUAAACUUCAGAGAUGAAGGAAAAAGUCUGGUUUCAGGCUUGUUCUCCCUGUACAGAAUUACAGUCAAAGAUUACCCCUGCCAAUACUUAGGAUGCCCAUUGCUUCCUUUGGACAUCAUCAUCCACUUCCUCAGGCUGAGCGAGAGGUGGCUUAUGUUUGAAGGGAAGCAAAAUAUUCUGCUAAUGCACUGUGAGAAAGGCGGAUGGCCAGUGUUGGCAUUUAUGCUUGCAGCUCUUCUUCUGUACCGGAAACAAUACAAUGGGGAGCAAAGAACUCUGGACAUGGUGUACAAGCAAGCACCCAAGGAGCUUCUUCAGAUGUUAACAACAUUAAAUCCACAGCCUUCUCAUGUUCGAUAUCUACAGUACAUAUGCAGAAUGGACUACGCGUUGGGGUUGCCCACACAACCUAUUCCUUUCACCCUGGAUUGUGUAAUUCUUAGAGGAGUACCAAAUUUCGAUGGAGUAGGUGGUUGUAGGCCAAUAGUUCGAGUAUAUGGGCAGGAUAUUCUAACGCUUGAUAGAGGUCGCAAUGCUCUUGCAACACCAUUCAAAGCCAAGAAACAUGUUAGGCGUUACAGACAGGCAGACAACAUGCCGGUGAAGUUAAAUGUGGGAUCCUGCGUCCAAGGUGAUGUGGUCCUUGAAUGCUUGCAUGUGGAUGAUGGCCUAGAAAAUGAAAGGCUAAUGUUUAGGGUGAUGUUCAAUACUUUCUUUAUCCAGUCUCACAUUUUACAGUUGAACUUUGAGCACAUUGAUGUCUCUUGGGAUGCUGAUUACCGGUUCACAAAGAACUUCAAAGCAGAGGUACUCUUUUCAGAGUUUGAUGCUGAAUCUGAUGCGUCUUCCGAAAUUGCAUCCGGUGAUGAUGACGACGACGAUGACGACGACUGUGGGGAUGAGAUAGAAGUUGGCUCUACUGAUGAGUUCUUUGAAGCAGAGGAAAUCUUCAGUAAUCCUGACUUACAUGAUGGACACAAGGAUGCUGAUUUUCGUUCCAUAGCUUCUUCAGAUCGUACUUUAAGCGCUGAAGCCAGGAAAAUCUCGCCAUUUUCCAGUCUUGAGCUGAGCAGUGAUGAUAUUGGUGGAUCACCAGAAAGUAAAACCAAUGACAUGAAUAUGUCAUUUGGAAUACUAAAUGAUGAAAAUGCAUGCACAUCUGUUGACACCAAUAUUAUGCACGAAGAUAUAACGAGAGUAGUGUCAAGUUUGGAAAGUACAACAGAUGGAGGCAGAGACAGCAGCAAUUCAAGUUCUGCUACCUACAUAGAUAAAGAUGAUGGCUGCACAGUUGAAAACAGCGAUUCAAGGCAGGACAGGACAGUGGAUCCCAAGCAAGACUCGAGUCAUACUGAUAAUGUGCUGGUCAAAGAGGUGAUUAUAUUGGAAACCAAUAGUCCAAAGGACAUUCAGAUGAUCAAAGAAGUAAUCAUAUCUGAAGUCACCACUCCAAAACAAGUGCUGGAGGGCGAGAUUGAAUCAGGCAAUGCAGUCCACAAUUCGGAAAGCACUAUAUUGACAGAGGCUGAUAGUACUGCAGGACUUAACAUUGACAUUGCUCUCAAACAGGAUGAGGGAGAUAGUCUAGGAGAAGAAUGUGUUACUUCUGUCAAUGGCAUCAAACAAGAAAACAACAGUAACACGGAUCAACCUAGCAUCAGUGGCACAAACGUACUAGUGAUUGAACCCACAGAUGAGAAUAACAGAGUGGAGCCUGCAUUGUUAGGGAGGCCACACCUGCAGAGCACAAGUGCUACCCUGAUUUUAAGUUCCAGUGAGCAAAAAAUUAAGCAGUCUGAUGCUUCCAAUAAUAACGGAUCUGCAGAACAAACAGAAGGAACGGAAGCUUCAGUAUCCAGCUCGACAGGCCAACCUUCGAAUAUUUCUUCUGUGAAUAUGCUAUCUGAAGGAUUUAGCCUGGAAGCAAAUGACGCUCUAACUCAUGCCAGUGCAAGUACAGUUACAGCUGACUCGUCUCGACUGGUGCUAAAUAAAAAAACUUUUCUUCCUUUGUCAACACAACGUAUUUUUGCACCAUAUUCUCCCAGGCGUAAUGUGCUCCGUUCAUCAUCGACAGAUUUGUCCUUUCUAUCUCCAUUGCAAACAGAAUCUAAUCAGAACUCUGUUCCUUCUACAAGCGGAAGGGAUGUUUCUCUAAGAUCAUCAGAAGUAUCAUCUCUAGUAAAUCCCCAUCUACGACCAAUCAAAACUGCUUCAUCUCUACCUUCAUCUUCUUCAUUGGAAGCAUAUAUAGAGAUGUCAACUUCCUAUUCUCCAUUAUUACAUGCCAACCGUCAACAACAUGUUAACCCUCAUUCUCCCUUGAUACCAUCACCACCACCUCGACAACCUUACCCAGCAAAGAUACACGGAAAAGAUUUACAUCCAGGUAGUCUAUCUUUGCCUGCUCCCAACAGGUAUGCAUCUCACCCUCCAGCCCCACCCCCACCUCCUCCUUCACAUACUCUUUGUACUCAAAAUAAUUCAAGCACCUCAAUAUCUCAUCAUGCACAAAGAGAAAAGGGGUCUUGCUCCUCUAGUCCUCAUAGACAAACUAUUCUCGACCUAGGUUUUUCCUCUCUAACUUUACCAUCCAAAAGUAGUAUAGUGAUGACAGACUUUCUCUUAGGAGCCUCUGAUUUUAUAGACGCAGAAGUAGCAAACAGAAGAAAUAUAUCAACUGACAUGGAUGUUCCAACUACCAGUGAAGAUACAAAGUAUUUCUUUCACAUGCCUCAUUCUCUAUCUCCCAAAACUUCUCAACAUAGUACACCACAGCCUCCACCCCUGCCUCCCCCACUGCCACAACUACCAUUGCCAAUUACAUGUAAUGAUAGUGAAUCGGUACCACUUAUAAGCUCAAAGUCUUCUUCAGAUUGUUCAUAUAAAGAAGCAGCAGCAGCAGCACCAGGAAAACAACCCCUCUCUUCACCUCCACCUCUUGGAGAAAAUGAUCCUUCAAGUUCAAAACUUAAAGAGGAAGUACCUCAUGAACAGCCUUUAGAUCCUCCUUUGGAAGCAUGCAAGGAAUUCUCGCGGCAUGAACUGAUCAAUGAAACCCCACCCUCCACAGUUCGUAUAAAAGAACAUGGAACCAUUCCAACCCCACCACAUCCACCCAGCUGGCAUAGGGGAAUUUCACCUGUUGAUAUACUUACACCUCAACCCUGUCACCCACCUUCAACACCACCUGCACCCCCGCCUUUGCCACCUCCACAACCUUUGCCCUCACCUUCAGUUACACCCUCAACACAAUCCUUGUCAUCUCCCCAUUUACCUCAACCACCAGCUCUUCAUAUAAAUGAUACAUCAUCCCCGUCUGCACCACCACCAUCUCCGCCACCUCCUCCACCUCCGCCUAGAGAACAUGAAGUAAUUUGCCCUUUGCCUCCAAUUUCACCUAAAAGGCAUGAUGUACCCUCACCUUCACCACCACCUCCUUUUGGACAACAUCAAGCACUUUUGCCUCCUUCCAUUUCCCAGGAUCAUGUAAUAGCUCCACCUCCACCUCUAACAAGGGAUGCUGGAAUUCCGCUGCCACCACCACCUCCACCUAGAGAGAGCGCUGGGAAUUUCCCUCCUCAUCCUACUGAAGGAAGCCCAUCUCCAACUCUACCAGAAUGUCAAGUCGGAGCUCCAAUUCCUCCACCAACUACUUUUUGUGAAGAAAAGGAAAGAAUUCCACCUCCACUUUGUCCUGAAGGAAAUAAAACAACUCCACUGCCUUCACUUGUUAGAGGACGAGAAGGAACUCCACUGCAAGAUGGAUUUCAAGGUGGAGCUCCACCUCCAAAACCACCUCUUGGAGUGCAUGGAGGGGCUCCAUCGCCGCCACCACCACCUCCUGUACCAUGUGGAGUGGCUCCACCGCCGCCGCCACUUCCCGGAGGAUACCAAGUGGCACCUCCACCUCCUCCGCUACCUCCUGGAGCCUCUGGUGGGGCUGCACCGCCGCCGCCGCCACCUCCCGGAGGAUAUGGAGGGGCACCUCCACCUCCUCCUCCACCUGGAGGAAUCGGAGGAGUUCCACCUCCACCACCGCCUAUUGGAGGGCUAGGAGGUACUCCAACUCCUCCACCUCCCGCAGGAUUUCGAGGUGGAGCUCCGUCUCCUCCUCCUCCUCCCGGAGGAUAUGGCGGGACUCCGCCACCACCUCCUCCUAGAGGGCAUGGAGGAGUAGGUGGCCCCCCUCCCCCUCCAGGUGCACCUGCUCCUCCAAUGCCCCCCGGAAUACCUGGUGGGCCCCCUCCACCUCCUGGAGUACCUGGUGGGCCCCCUCCACCUCCUGGAGUACCUGGUGGCCCCCCUCCACCUCCUGGUGGACGAGGUGGCCCCCCACCACCUGGUGCAAGAGGUCUUCGUUCCUUGGGCGCAACCUCACUUACUGUAACACGGAAGUCAUCUCUAAAACCACUGCACUGGGUCAAAGUAACAAGAGCAAUGCAAGGAAGUGUAUGGGCAGAAAUUCAAAAGCAAGCAGAUGCUGAUAGCAAUUCCGAGUUCGAUGUGAAUGAACUGGCGUCUCUUUUCACUAUCGCUCCAAAGACAAAAGGCGGCUCGAAAUCAGAAGGGGCUGGAAAAUCUCUUGGUUCGAAAACCGAUAAAAUUCACCUGAUUGAUAUACGACGGGCAAAUAACACAGAGAUCAUGUUGACAAAAAUUAAAAUGCCACUCUCCGAGAUGAUGAGUGCUGCUCUGGCCUUGGACGAUUCAGUUUUAGAUGCUGAUCAGGUUGAAAAUCUCAUAAAGUUUUGCCCAACAAAAGAGGAAAUGGAGCUUCUAAAGAACUUCACAGGAGACAAGGAAACUCUUGGAAAGUGUGAACAGUUCUUUCUAGAAUUGAUGAAGGUGCCAAGGGUUGAAUCUAAGUUUAGGAUAUUUGCUUUCAAGAUUCAGUUUCAGACACAGAUUAGGGAUGUUAGAAAGAAUUUGCUGACCGUGGCAUCGGCUUGUGAGGAGCUCAGAGGCUCUGAGAAGCUGAAGGUGAUCAUGAAGAACAUUCUGUUAAUUGGGAACACAUUAAAUGAAGGGACACCAAGAGGCCAGGCUGUUGGUUUCCGCUUGGACAGUAUCCUAAAACUUGUAGAGACCCGUGCAACCAGCAGUAGAACAACACUAAUGCACUUUCUUUGCAAGUCCCUUGCAGGAAAGUCACCAGAACUACUGGAUUUUCAUGAGGAUCUAGUUAGCUUGGAAGCUGCUUCGAAGUUGCAAUUGAAAGCAUUGGCGGACGAACAGCAGGCAGUUGUAAAAGGGCUAGAGAAAGUUGAACAGGAACUAACUGCUUCAGAAAGUGAUGGGCCAGUUUCUGAUGUUUUUCGAAAGACUUUAAAGGAGUUCCUUGAUGAUUCUGGUGCUGAUGUACGUGCCCUAUCAGCACUCUACGCUGAUGUAGGUAGAAGUGCAGAUGCACUUUCCCUUUAUUUUGGAGAAGACCCUGCAAAAUACCCUUUUGAGCAAGUUGCUUCCACCCUUCUGACCUUUGUGGGGUUAUUUCGGAAGGCGCACGAGGAGAAUCUCAAGCAGAUCGAGGCUGAGAGGAAGAAAGCGCUGAAAGAAGCGGAAAAGGAGGCAAGCCAGGACAGAACUCCUGUAAAAUCGAAAGAUGGAAAUGUAGGAUCACCAAGGUCGCCCUUCAAAUGAUAUCUGUCCCGAAACUUGGGUACGGUCAUCAGUUUUUCCUCAGCAGACGACCUCUGCCAGCCAUGCAGAUCUUCAGGAGGCUCGACUGUCGCCAGAUGCAUGACUUCCUUGGGGACAUCUCAUGCCUACAAGACAAGAUACUUCCGGUUGGACAUCCACGUUUGAUAGCCCAUUACACUGUACAAAGCUAACCCAGCACCUAACGUAGGUCCAUGUGUACAGAUUUCUUAUUAUUAGAUUUUCCCCCAUUUGUUUUACACUAGCAGUAGCAGCAGGAGUAGGCCAGUGGUUGUAAGCUAGGAAAAUGAAAGGAAUGUAAGCAAUGAUUAGUAGUUUAGAAGAAAUAGAAAAGGAUUAGUGUUGUUACCACAGGAAAUUUUCCAACCAACAGAUUAGGCGGUUUUGAAACGAUAGAUAGGUUGACACACAACACUGUAGCUCAACCAGGUGAUUCUACAAUAUAUAUAUACUGAUCUUUCUGUAACCGCUCCGCACAGCCAUGCUUUCGAUUUGUUGCCAAAUCAUGCAUCGAGAUCGAGGUGCUUGUGCAUGAACCCUGUCUUGAAAGAGCAACAUAUGACAUAUGCGGUUGCUCUCCUGAUCAACUGAAAUGAUAGCUUCAGUGUUUUUGUCUGAUGAUGUGCAAAACGGAAAAUGGUCCUCUGUUGCUAGUUCACACUGCACUCUCUUCUUUUCUGCCCUCUCCACUGUCCCCUAAUCACUCAUUUCAUCUGUGGUGGUGUAUGGAACUGCAUUUUAUGUUGAAGUUGUAGCAUUACUGGCCAAAAAAUUCUGCCGUAAAACUGGCAGUAAUGCUGUAAUUUAAAUGCUCCUUAUCUGGCAGUAAGCCCUAUGUUCGAACACAGAAAUUCAAACCUGACAGAUGUGAUCGCCAGGGCAGAGCUUGAGAUAUUCUUCUGUACUAGAUAAUGUCUUCAACAAUGGCUGGUCCAGCAUGUGAAACAAACUUUACCCGGCAGUUUUCAACCAAAACAGAAGUACAGAAUGCUGAACCCACCCAU